UCCAGGGAAGACCUUUUCUCUCCAUGGCCUCGAGUUUUCUUAGGAUUUCCUUGAGCCUAGCUAGUUCUUCUUCUGUUGCUGAAAAUCUUCCACUGGAUGGAGGAAAAAGAGGAGUUGGCAGGAAGGAGACUUUGUGGCUGGAGCUGUGCCUGUCUUUGCAUCUCAUCAUGGGCUCUACCGAGGGAACCAUGUUUGGGUCUGACCCAGUGGCCCUCUAAUAUGGGGAAAGGGUUCAGUUCCUUCCGUGAUUCCUUCCUUUUCUUAUCCUGUCCUUCUGUGUUUCCUCCCUUCAUUCCAUCUUUCCUUUCUUCUUUCCUUUUUCGCUUUGUUUUCCUUGAGCCAGAGGUAUGCGGCUUCAUGUCUAACCUUUUGCUUCUUCUUUCUUGACCAGGACGUGAGAGUUCUCUGGAGCCACCCCUGCCGUGAUGGGAAACGAACCAGCUUCUAGUCGAUAUUAAGGCAUUUGGAAACCAAAGUGCAGUAAGGAAACCAGUCCUCUAGAAAAAAGGAUUCCUCUCAAGGGGCUGAUCUUGCUGAAUCCCUACAUUCACUUUGGAUUAUAGAGUAGAACCAUAGAGUCGGAAGAGACUGCAUGAGGCACCCAGUCCAGGCCUCUGCCGUGCAGGAAAAGUGCAAAGUACCCCUGACAGAUGAGCAUCUAGCCUCUGUUUAAAGGAUUCCAAAGGAGCCUCCACUACACUUUGAGGCAGAGAGUUCCACCGCUGAACAACUCUUACAGUCAGGAAGUUCUUAAUGUUUAGCUGGAAUCUACUUUCCUGUAAUUUGAACCCACUGCUGUGAGUGAUCAGAAAGGGAAAAACAAGAAUCAAGUGUCCUUAUUGGAAUUAAAUGUACAUAGCACUGUUGACAUGGAGGAGAAAGCAUAUAAAUGUAUCGAAUGUGGAAAGAGCUUUAGUAAGCAUGGAAAGCUGAAGAGACAUCAAAGGACUCACACUGGGGAGAAACCCUAUAACUGCCUGGAGUGUGGACAGAGUUUCACUCAGAAGGGAAAUUUACAUACACAUCAAAGAACUCACACCUGGGAGAAACCCUAUAACUGCCUGGAGUGUGGACAGAGCUUUGCUCAUAGUUCAGGACUACGUUCACAUCAAAGGACUCACACUGGGGAGAAACCCUAUAACUGCCAGGAGUGUGGACAGAGCUUUGCUCAUAGUUCAGGACUACGUUCACAUCAAAGGACUCACACUGGGGAGAAACCCUAUAACUGCCAGGAGUGUGGACAGAGCUUUGCUCAUAGUUCAGGACUACGUACACAUCAAAGGACUCACACUGGGGAGAAACCCUAUAACUGCCUGGAGUGUGGACAGAGCUUUGCUCAUAGUUCAGGACUACGUACACAUCAAAGGACUCACACUGGGGAGAAACCCUAUAACUGCCUGGAAUGUGGAAAGAGCUUUGCUCGUAGUUCAGGCCUACGUAGACAUCAAAGGACUCACACUGGGGAGAAACCCUAUAACUGCCUGGAGUGUGGACAGAGCUUUACUCAGAAGGGACAAUUACAUUCACAUCAAAGGACUCACAGUGGGGAGAAACCCUAUAAUUGCCUUGAGUGUGGACAGAGCUUCACUCAUAGUUCAGACCUACGUAGACAUCAAAGGACUCACACUGGGGAGAAACCCUAUACAUGCCUUGAGUGUGGACAGAGCUUUGCUCAGAAGGGACACUUACAUUCACAUCAAAGGACUCACACUGGGGAGAAACCCUAUACAUGCCUUGAGUGUGGACAGAGCUUUACUCAGAAGGGACACUUACAUUUACAUCAAAGGAUUCACACUGGGGAGAAACCUUAUAAAUGCCUGGAGUGUGGACAGAGCUUUGCUCAGAGUGGAACUUUACGUUCCCAUCAAAGGACUCACACUGGGGAGAAACCAUAGAAAUGCCUGGAGUGUGGACAGAGCUUUUCACGGAAUAAGCUUAUACAUAGACAUCAUAGAAUUCACCCUGGAGAGAAUGAUGUUAAUUGACCUCAGAGUGUCAUUCUAACAUGUACAAAAGCAACUCUUGCAAAUUUUGGAAAUGCAGGCUCAAAGUUGGGACAUGUCAUCACAUGUGGUGAAUUGUAGAAAGAUUGAACUAAAAAUACAGUGUUCCCUCACUAAUCCCCGGGUUUGGGUUCCAGGACCACCCACAAUAAGUGAAAAUCCGCGAAGUAGGGAUGCUAUAUAUUUUUACAUUAUUUUAGUAGUUAUACACUAUUUUAAGUCUUUAUCAAGAAAUCAUGUGUUGAUCAAUCGCCUCCUUCUCUUGUUGCCGCUUGGGCUCCUUUUCUCUCCCUUCGGCAUCUCCUUCCUCCCUUCCUUAGGCUGUACAUUGUAAUUUUUUUAUUAUUUAUAGUAAUCUUUUAGAGUUUAUUGAAAAACCGCAAAACUGUGAAUCCUCAAAGAGCGAAGUAGUGAGGGAACUCUGUAUGUUCCAUUCUGGAAGUAAUUAUAUUAUCUAAAGGGAAUAGAAUAAUGAGAGAUAAAAAUUAACAGAUUGCCUUUGGGCAGGUAUCCCUGUCGUUUGUUAGUUCAGUUGUGUGUCUAUGAAGGUAACUGUUUCGCAGGUCUGUUUGUUUCUGAUUUAGUUUUGUAUCUCAUGUAGUAGUUAGUUUCAUGUGUAGUUGAAGCAUUAUAUACAAUUUCUGCCUUUUUUGUAA